UAAGACAUGUCGUUUAAGGAAACAAAAAUAAAGAUAAACAACGUGCGGUACUGCAAAAGUGCGAAUUGAAAAUUUUCCGGCUACCCAACAAUUUUAUCAAAAUUUAGAAGUGAUUCAGUUUUGGCAAUCCGUAAAUUCAAAUUCAUUGACGAUAAAGAGUUAAAAGAACAAAUAAAAAAACCACAUAAUCUAUUCCUUGUAUUACGAGAGCAGAAAAGUUUCACGUAAACCGGAUCUAAUUGUAUAUACAUCCAAGGAAUCUUCGAUAAUCAUCCCUCGUCGAUUUCAAUUUCUGGCCAAUUUUCUCUCUUUAGGAGAUUCAGUUCCUUCAAUUAAACACAUAAAUUGCCCGUUGAUUUCCUGAAGAGGAAAUUCGAGGAUGAGCAAGAGAAGUAGUAAUUGCGCCAUAUGCGAGAAUUCUAACCGUGCUUCUAUUUGUGCAGUUUGUGUCAAUUACAAAUUGAACGAGUGCAACACUUUGUUCAAAUCACUGAAGAGUCGUCGGGAUGCAUUGUAUUCGAGAUUGACUGAGGUUCUUGUGGCAAAGGGGAAAGUGGAUGAUCAAAUGAAUUGGAGACUGCGUCAGAAUGAGAAGCUUGUGAAUUUGAGAGAGAAGCUACGACGCAGUAAGGAGCAACUCGCUCAAGUGAAGUCAAAGAUUGAGAAGAGAUCGUAUGAUUUGAAGGCUAAAUAUGAUGUCCUUGAAUCGACCUAUUCUAUGCUGGAUAAGAAUCGUGCAGAGCAACUACAGAAGUUGUAUCCUGACCUUAUUUUAGCUCAGAGUUUGGGGCAUGUGGCAAUCCUCUCUGAACUUCUGCAUAAACAGUCUGUGGUUAUAAAACAGAUAUGCAAAUUGUUCCCACAACGUCGGGUGACUAAAGAUUCAGAAGUAAGAGAUGGUUACAGUGUUCAAUAUGAUCAGAUUUGCUGUGCUCGAUUACCAAGAGGAGUUGAUCCACACUCUGUUCCAUCUGAAGAGCUAGCUAUCUCUUUGGGAUAUAUGGUGCAACUUCUAAAUCUUGUUGUUCAGAAUUUGGCUGUUCCUGCCCUUCAUAACUCAGGUUUUGCGGGUUCUUGCUCAAGAAUAUGGCAAAGGGAUUCCUAUUGGAAUGCACGCCCAUCCUCUCGAAGCAAUGAAUAUCCCCUUUUUAUUCCACGCCAAAAUUACUGUUCUACUAGUGGAGAAGUAUGGGAUAAAAGCUCAAGUAAUUUUGGUGUUGCCUCAAUGGAAUCUGAGAAAAGGCCCAGCCUGGAUUGUUCUAGAAAUAGUAGCUUCAAUUUGUCUGCUGCAUUUCCACAUUCUGUUGAAACACACAAGGACUUACAGAAAGGGAUUUCUCUUCUUAAGAAAAGUGUAGCAUGUAUAACAGUUUACUGUUAUAACUCACUAUGUAUAGAUGCUCCCCCUGAAGCAUCUACUUUUGGAGCAUUUGCGAAGUUAUUGGCAACACUAUCUUCAUCUAAGGAAAUUCAAUCUGUUUCUUCAUUGAAAAUGGCUUGUUCAAGGUCAUGUAAACCAGUUCAACAACUAAACAAGUCUGUGUGGAAUAUGAAUUCUGCUGCUUCAUCGACCACUUCACUGGAGAGUGCACAUAUGUUGCCCAUAACUAAAAACUUUAGUGAUAACAAUCUCCCAAGUUUGGCGGCAAGUUUUCUUUUUUCAACUGAGAUGUCAGAUAUUGGAAAAAACGAAAGCCUUAUUGAUGGAUGGGAUUUUGUCGAGCGUCCUACGUUUCCUCCUCCACCAUCACAGACUGAGGAUGUUGAGCAUUGGACUCGAGCCAUGUUUAUUGAUGCCAAAAAGAAAUGAUCUGGUGCCCCAUCAGUUGUCCAACAUUUUGUCACACCAGGCUUGCAGAAGAUGCACUUACCAGAGCAGAGGCCAGUCGGAACCUUUUAGAAUUAACAUGUAGCCUCAUGUAUAUAUCUGAGCAAUAAGUGUGUAUAUGUGAAUAUAUAUGUAGAUAGAGUAAUGCUGCAUACAUAACUUUUGUAUAUAAUUUUACGUAUAAAUAAUUACGUAUCAUCACAAAA